GAAGACGUUCUAUGUCCCUGAGUCCCUGGACUCCUGUGUCCUGGAUCUGUGUCCUGGACGAAGCGUUUGUUUACAUAACGGUCAGUUACUUACUCAGUUAUGAAUUUAUGAACUGGAGACUGGACAGUAGCGCGUAAAUAGAAAUCGCCUUCUACAUGAAGUGCAACGGCUUCAAUUGUAAAAAAAACAGUCUGUUUAUAGACUGAAAUAAAUAAAAAAACAUGAAAGAAAAAUGCAGAUCAACUCCCAAAGAAGAUCUCUCCAACCAUGAAGAAGAAUCUGGUGACGAGGGGGAUGAAACCUCCAGCAUCGGUAGCACUUCAACUACCGACAACACAUCAAGAAGUGCAACCCCAACAAAUCGAAAUCGGAAAGGUCGUAAACGCAAAAAUCGUUUCAGCAAUACCACCCCUAAAAUUUUGAAACCAAUAUAUAGAUUUUCAUGCAGUAUUAAGGAGGACCACGGUCAACCACUAUUUGGUGCACAAUUCAACCACCACCUGAAAGAAGGACAACCAUUUAUUUUUGCAGCUGUUGGUAGUAACAGAGUAAGCAUAUACGAGUGUCCUGAAGGAAAUGGAAUCAAAUUGACACAGUGCUAUGCAGAUCCAGAUCUCGACGAAAACUUUUACACUUGUGCUUGGUCCUUUGAGGAGGAACAAGGAAAACCUCUGUUGGCAGUGGCUGGUUCCAGAGGGGUCAUCCGUAUUCUAAACCAAGCUACGAUGAGUUGUGUCAGGCAUUACAUAGGCCACGGUCACGCUAUAAAUGAAUUGAAAUUUCAUCCGAGGGAUCCUAACUUGCUUUUAUCAGUCUCCAAAGACCAUUCACUCAGGUUGUGGAAUAUAAAAAGCGAUGUGUGUAUUGCCAUUUUCGGAGGAGUUGAGGGUCACAGAGAUGAAGUACUUAGCGCUGAUUUUGAUUUGAUGGGCGAUAGAAUAAUGUCGUGUGGUAUGGACCAUUCAUUGAAAUUAUGGAAACUUAAUAAAGACAGCAUGAAAGAGGCUAUCAAACAGUCUUUCCACUGGAAUCCUAAUCGUAAUACAAGGCCGUUUGAUUGCCUGAAAGAGAAUUUUCCAGAUUUUUCCACAAGAGAUAUACAUAGGAAUUAUGUAGACUGUGUGAGAUGGCUAGGAGAUUUUCUGCUCAGCAAGUCUUGUGAAAACUGUAUAGUGUGUUGGAAACCUGGCAGAUUGGAAGAUGAAAAUCUGAAGAAAGGAGAGACGAGUUCUACAAUCAUUCAUAGAUUUGAAUACAAAGAGUGCGAAAUAUGGUUCAUCAGAUUUGCAAUGGAUUUUUGGCAAAAGAUUUUAGCACUAGGAAACCAAUGUGGGAAAGUAUUUGUUUGGGACUUGGACGUACCAGAUCCGGCACAAGCCAAGUGUUACACUUUGCAGCAUCCCCGCUGCACCACUGCUAUUCGGCAAACUUCCCUGAGCAGAAACGCCAAUAUUCUUAUAUGUGUGUGCGACGAUGGUACCAUCUGGCGCUGGGACAGAAUUUCAUAAGGACAAUUUGUUAUUGUAUUUUUUUAAUAUAAACUACUAAGCAACA